AUGGAUCGACGUGUUUUAUGCGAUAGUUUAAUUAAAUGGAUGAAAACAUUUGAUCUAAAUCGCCCAAUAAAUGGAGUUGGUGAUCUAUCUGACGGUGUUCUUAUAGCUAUGUGUUUGAAAAAUAUUGAUGUAAAUCAUUUUAAUGAUGUUUGGUUACAAAAAAUUCGAACUGAUGCUGGAGAUAAUUAUCGAAUAAAAGCAAAUAAUCUUAAAAAAAUCCUGAAGAAUAUAACCGAUUAUUAUUCUGAAAUACUUGGUCAAUCUCUUGUUGAUUUUCAAAUGCCUGAUCUUAAUAUGAUAGUUAAUAUAGCUGAAAGUACUGAUGAAACAGAACUUAGUCGACUAUUACAACUUGUUCUUGGUUGUGCUGUUAGUUGUGAUCGAAAACAAUAUUAUAUUGAACAUAUUAUGCUAUUGGAAGAAUCUGUUCAACAUGUUUUAAUGAAUGCUAUUCAAGAGUUAAUGGUAAAAGAAAUUCGAAAAAAUAAUGAAGAAUAUUCUGAAUUAGGUGAUCAAUUAAAACAUGCAUUAGAAGAACUUAAUCGUGUUGUUGAAGCUAAAGAAGAAAUUGAACAUCGUUGUCGUGAACUUGAUUUACAAAUAUCUACACUUCAAGAUGAUAAACUUGGCUUAAUACAAGAAACAUCACGUUUAAAUGAACGUUUACAACAAUAUGAAAAUGCUGAAGAUGGAGAAUCAAUUCCAAGAAGUCGUUAUAAAACUUUACAAGAACGAAUUCAAUCUCAACAAGAAGAAAUAUUUAAACUUGAAACAACUUUACAAGAUUAUCGAGCUAAACUUGAUGUAUUACGUGAAGAUAAUGAAAGUCUUCUAAAACGAAAUGAUGAUUUAAUGGUACUUGCUGGUGAUGCACGAAAUUUUAAAGAUGAAUUAGAUAUAUUAAGAAAUAAAUGUGAAAAAAUGACUAAAUUAGAAUCAACUAUUGAUGCAUAUAAAAUAAAAUUAGAAGAAAUGUCUGAUCUCCGACAACAAAUAAAAUAUUUAGAAGAAACAAAUUUACGUUUAUUUGAUGAAAAAGCUAAUUUAGAACAAGAAUAUAAACAAGCUAAAUUAUUACAAACACAAGUUGAAUUUCAUAAACGAACAAAUCAAGAAUUAUAUCAAAAAAUAAGUGAAUUACAACGAAUAGCUGAUAAAGCUGAAUUUGAAAAAAAUCGAGCUGAAGAACGUUUAAAUGCAAUUACUGCAGAAAAAAAUAAUUUAACAAAUCAAAUUGAAUUAUUAAGAGAAACAAAUGAAAAGCUUAGUGGUGUAAAUUUAGAUGAAGCUGAUGGAGCAACUAAUUCAAACGAUCAAUUAACUGGAUCUUUAGAAGAUCUUAAUUUUCUUAAUUUACCAGCUGAUGUCAGAGAACGUUUUAUUCGUCUGCAACAUGAAAAUAAAAUGCUCAAAUUACGUCAAACUGAAGAGACAAAUAAUGAACAAAUAUUAAUACUUCAAGCAAGCUGUGAACAACUUAAAGAUCAAAACAAUCAAUUAACUAAUGACCUUUGGUAA